CUCUGGUAUAUCACUCGGUCAAAAGUUGGAGGCCUGGGCACUAGUGCAAUGGUUCGGCGCGCAAAGAAUUAUGGGAAGGUGUUCGCGAGAAGCCUGGCACUAGUUACCGGUGGCGUCGAACGAAACACGAGGAAGCGACAAUUCCAAAAUUUCAAACGAAUUCUGACUUGUUUUUUAUCAAAAUCCGGCCAUAAAACACGAUGGAUAAGCUUGAUAUGUCACUCGAUGAUAUCAUAAAGGCGGGCAAGAAAACCAGAGGGACAGGACGUGGCCGUGGAAGAGGGAGAGGCGCCACUAGAGGAGGUGGAGGGCCAACACGACGUGGUCGAGGCUACAACACUAGAUCUACCACUCGUGAAACACCGUAUAGUAGGGUGAGUAUUCUGGACGUUUGUGUGUUGCUAGUGUUGGCUAGAGGCUGGAUUUUGUUCUCUUCUAUACUUUAAUAAGCCUUGAAAAGUCCUAUGCAAGUAUCAAGUAUUUGUAGCUAGUGGCUACGUGUUUUAUGUAGGUGGUAUUGUCAGAUUUUGUUUAUAAAUAUACAGAUAUUGUUCUAUAGCCUUGUAAACAUGUGAAACCAUGAUAAAUCACUGCAAUAAAAGCUAUGCAGUGAUUAAUUGUCCGACACUUUAUCCCAAUAUUUAGACGCUAUUUGUCUGACAUAAGUAUUUUCUCAUUCUGAAAUGCUGAAAUGAUACCAUAUAAAUUUCAGUUGAUUUUUAUCACUAAAAAUAAAUUGAUGCUUCUUAAUAGCGGUGAAUUUUAUCCUGUUUGAUAAUUUAUUCAUGUGAUGUACCAAGAUCUUUCCUUGGUGCCCAAUUCUCCAUUAAAAAGCCAACAAUAUUUUUCUAGCCAAGACAGCUCCCCAGCAAAUGGCAACAUGAUAUGUUUGACGGCAACGGUGGUGGUGGUGGUGGUAAUCGAAGAUCGGCAUCAGCUGGUGGUUUGUCAACAGGAUCGAAACUUCAUAUUUCAAAUUUAGACUUUGCAGUUUCCGAAUCAGAUAUACAGGUAUAAUUGACCAAUAGAAGAGAAGGAUUGAUUAAUUUCAGUAAGCAUUACACGGCAGUGGAUGGCGACCAAUUUCAGAAAUGUUGAGCAUUCCGUGCCAGUGUAGGUAGUGCCAUUAAUGGGUCGUUCCAGAAAAGAUCCAUACUCCCCCACAGAGGAAAUUUCUGCCAUCCGGAGGGGGAGGGUUUCUGAUAAUAGUAAAUGUAUUAGGACAUCUGAAGGGGGUAGGGGGGUUAACUUCCCAUUUCCUCCGUGGGGGUGGUAUGGAUGUUUUCUGGAAUGACCCAAUUAAGGAUACAACUACCUGAACAAUACAAGGAGAACUUGGACAUUUUGAGCUAACAUCCUUCGUUUUGGGAAGUUACUUGGACAUUUUAGCCAAGGCCCUUCGUCUGUAACUUCCCAAUGAAGGGCUUUCGUUCAAAACGUUGAAAUUCUCCUUAUCUUUUUCAGAUAGUUGUAUCUAUCAAUCCGCCACUUUCGGAAAUGAACAAGCUUUCGUUGGUAGGGAUGCAACUACCUGAAAAAUAUAAGGAGAAUUUUGAAGUUUUGAGCGAAGUAACUCCAGAUGGACCAUGGGGAAUGAGUUACUAGCAAGUCCAGACGAAGGGCCUUCGCUAGGAACAUCAAAAUUCUCAUUUUUUUCAGGUAGUUGCAUCCCUACCAACGAAAGCUUGUUCAUAUUAUUGCCACUACCUACACUGGCACAGACAGUUCAAGAUUAAAACACAAGUCUAGGACAUGAAGACAAUUUCACAUUAUUUUCUUACGCUGAUAAAUACAGGUUCACUACCAUCCCCUGUACAAUGAUGCUUAGUGAAACUCCUCUGUAAAUAUGAUGAAAAGCUUACUGUUAUUUUAAAGUUAUGAACAAGUCAGUUAAAACAUUGUUCCUUGUUUAUUUAGGAACUCUUUAGCGAGUUUGGGAAAAUGAAACGUUCAUGUGUUCAUUAUGACGCAUCUGGAAGGUCACACGGUACAGCGGAGGUCGUUUAUCAAAACAGAGAUGACGCUUUGAACGCAAUUAAACAAUAUAAUGGGGUACCGCUAGAUGGUUCGUUGAUUACUAAUUUUGUGUUUUAUUAUUUUCGACUCUAUUAUUAAAAUGUCAAUACAUUUGUUAUAAAAAUUGAUGUGUGUAUAUCAUAUAGGUAGGGCCAUGAAAAUCGAAAUGAUGUCGGAUGGAAAUUCUUCACAACAACGAGAAACGUUCAGGUUUGUGUGUAUACUAUCUUUCUUACAUCAACAGAAGUAGAUGCAAGCAUCAGCCUAGGUGCUUCAGAGAUCCAUGUUUUUACAUGUGUAUGCACAGAAAAUUUUAAAUGCUUCAUAGUUAUAUUUGUGUGGUUACUGAGGCUUGAGCCUUUCCAUUUGGUCAGACUUUGACCUUGUGUUAUUGUUUUACAGUCCUCGGCGUCAAGGAGGUGGUUUUCGGGGACGUAGAGGAACAGGUGGUGGUUUUCGGGGACGGCGAGGAUUUGGUAGAGGUCGUGGAGGGCGAGGUGGACGAGGAGGUGGAAUGAAGAAGAUCAAAACCGCUGAAGAACUCGAUGCCGAACUUGAUGAGUAUAAUGCUAAGGUAUUUGAUGGAAUAUAUUGACAUGAGAAUACACCCUUUCAGAAAGGACUCAGUCUUGCUAUAGAGCCUUGUUCUGUGUGAUUGAGAUAUUAGACAGAUUUAGAUCGAGGACGCGGACGUCAAAAACGAUGUGAAAAUGCCGUCAAAAUGGCGUGGCAUAUCCAUACAUGGGCACAACACGCCAUUUUCACGUCGUCUUUGACGUCCGCGUCCUCGAUCUAAAUCUCUAUUGAGUUUACUGAGAAUGACAUGAAAUAAAUUUUAAAUAAAUUUAUUUUUUCUUAUAGGGUGAUUCUGACAUGUUGGAAGACUAAGGAUAAUUUAUCGCAAGAUAUGAACUUGUUCAAAAUAUAACAAAAAAAUUGACAGUGCAGUUUUAUAGUUCUGUACUUUGGAAAAGUGUAAAGACAAUUAUUUUGUGAUGUUAUGCCGCUUUGUGACAGACUUGUCUUGGGGAAGUAAAACGUCUGAUAGGCUUCAUAUAGCCAUGCAAUGGGACAUGACUUUUAACUAGACUUGUGUCUUUGUAAAUCAUAUGGUGUUUUUAGAUAUUUGUCUUAAGAAAUAUGUUUUGUAAAUAUAUAUGUUUUUGCCUGACAAUGCAGUAUGGCAAGACAUUACACCUAGUAGAUAUUUGUAGACAUUCCUAUGCUUACUGGC